UUUUUUUGCGGUAUAUUCAACCAUACUUCCGCGGCCACACUGCUGUAUAUACAAAAUUCAUUGAUUUUGUCAACGUAAAAAACAGAGCCAGCGCAUAGCAGCACACAGAAGCGAAAUAUUAAAGUGAAGUUAACUGAAUUAGAAACGCUGGUGGAAAUGGUAGCAGCAAUGAAAUCGAUGUGAACAAAUUGGGCCGCGAGUAGCUGCACUGCCAAUCAGAACUCUGCUCCCAAUCAGAAGAAGAGAGGAAGAAGCGCGAGAGAAAAAGGCAUACGGGUGCAAAAGGAAAAGCAAAAGGCAGAAAAAACGUACAGAGCAAUAGCAAAAGCGGGGAAAAAUGCAAUAGGGAGCGAAUCCAAUAAAAUGACAAUCGUUUUUCCACACUAACGUAGACGCAAAAGGCGCCGCGGCCGGCCGUAAAAUGCCAAGGAACACUUGCGGGACAAGUGGAUGCGUAGCUAACGGUAACGGCAACGACAACGACAACGAUGACAACGGUAACGGUAACCAGGACGACAACCAAGAAGCCAGCAACGAGAGCGGGGGUGUCGGCAUCGUCAAGCAGGAGUUCGAGGCAGCGCCACCCGUCUGCCACAGGAAGUCGGAGCGCCGAAGAGUAGCCCGCGACAUCUUUCUGGUCUUCGAGGAGCAGCCGACCCGACGUCGUGGCAAGGGUGCACGCGGCAAGAACUCGCGAGCCAAGCGAAAGUUUGGCCACCUCAAGGUAGCCAAUCCCCCGCGCAUCAACAAGAACAUAUUGCGUGAGAUCAAAACAGAACCAAAGUGCAGCAGCUCCGUGGUGGCAGAGCCAGUGACAGUGGUGCCACCUGCAGUGCCGCCACUGCCGCUAGCUCCAGCGCCGACUUUGGCCGCCCUGCUGCCUGUAGCUGAGGGGAUCAAGCAGCCAGCCAAGCCGCUACCACUCCCCCAUCCUCGAGUGGCAACAGUGAAACUUGAAACCAAAACAGCAGCAGGAGCAGCAUCAAAUGCAUCACCAUCCAGAGCCCGAACAGAGCCGGCUCCGCCCACGGAGCGGAAGGAGGAGGAGCCGCCGUUGCCUCCAGCUUCUGCCCAUCGUCCUGUUUAUGCUCGCAACCCUGCUCCAGCUCCCACUCCUGCUACCGUUCCUCCCAUUCUUCCCACUCCCCCCACGACGCCCAGCGUAAAUCCAAUUUUCCUGUGGGUCAAGCAGGACGACACCAGAAUCGUCGAGGUGCGCUGCGAGGACUACGACAAGAGGAAUCGCAUUCGCCUCACCAAGACCACAAAUGGCUGGCGAUCCAUGCCGCGCACAGAUGCCUCCUCCACGAGGAUAGUCAAAUUCUUCCACGGCUCUGCCGCUCCCUUGAUGAAGGUCAAACGUGAGCAGCAAAACGAGCAGCAACCCGAAACCGAACUGGAACACGAACAGGAACAGGACGAGCAGGAGCCAGAACCAGAGCCAGAGCUGGAAGUGGAGCGUGAGCCACAGCAGAUGGCGAUGCCCACCAUUGCUCAGAGUCUACUGCACGACUGGGAGGACAGUGGAGCCACGCAGCUGCCUGAAGAGUUGGAGGACGAUGAAGAACAGGAGGAAGAGCAGCAGCAGCAGGAGGAGAAUGAGAACCACCAGCAGCAGCCUGACAAUCUGGCUGCGGUGAUUGAGGAUGUUGUGGUGCGACCAGCUGCCCAGCAGUCCCAACGGCCAAUAACGCCCACGUCCACGCCCUGCUUUGAUGGCCUGCUGCUCGAUGGCGAGGAGACAAACGCCUCCACGAAGGCAACCAAAACCAACACGCCCACAUAUCAGAGUUCCACGCCCUCGCCAAUGGAACUGCAGCUGUGCCCCAAAACGGGGCUGUUCCUGCCACAGGGCCAACUGGCGGCCAUGGCCUCGGCCCCAGCUUCGUCCAGCGAGGCGGACAAGCCCUUGGCAGAUAACGGAGUAGCUGGAGGAGGUGGAGGUGCCGAUACCGUCGAGAGCCUCGAUUGCAAUACAAAGAAUCUGAAAGAUCUGCUAGACGAUGCCGAUGAUCUGCUGCAGAACUGCAGCAGCGACAAUGGCAGCAGCGGAGCCGAUCUGCUCGACUCCCUGGUGAAGCGGAGCUGCGAGGAUAACCUGGUGCAGGCGACUGGCCCGGGCAAUGGUGGCUCCACAGCCGUGGAGGGCGACGUUUCAACAGCCGGCGAUGGUUUGGGCUCGUUCUGCGUGGCCGAUUUGGGCAAGGAUCUGCCCAGCAUGCUGCACAUGGACAAUGAUGAUGAUGAUGCACCCAAGUGCCUGUCCUUCAACGAGGCCGGGGAGAUCGAGGGACUAAACGGUGAACUCUUCCUCGGCAUUGCGGCCUUUGAGAAGCAGCAGGAGGAGAUGGCACGCCAGGAGCAGCCGCAGCCGGCAACGCCCGCCACCGUGGAGCUGACACAGACACCGACGCCCACACCAACACCAACACCCACGCCGACGCCACCGAUGCCGGAUAUGGAAAAACAAACGUCGGCAGCCGUCUCCGCCGAUGAGGCGCCCAAGGAUCUGAGCUACAAGAAGCGCGAGGAGGUGUGUCCGCCCUCGGAGUCGCGCAGUCAGUGUGCGGUGACCUCCAGCUCGGAUAUACUCAAGUCGCCUGAGCGGGAGCUGCAGCUGCCGGUCAAUUCCAUACCAGCGGAGGUGGAGACCACCUCGGAGACGAUCAAAAAUCUCAUUCUGGAGCAAUUCCUCAAGCUGAACGGCAACCAGCAGCAGCAGGCACAGCAGGCGGAACCGAUGGAUCUGGGCAAGGCUGGUCGGGAGGGCAAGCUGGAGACAGUCGUUGUCAUCCACGACGACGACGAGGAGGAUGGGGAGUCCAAUCAGCCGCUGAAGAAGCGACCCAAGGCCAGCAUAAAGAUGGACAAGGACCCGGAUGCACUUACGCAGCUGAAGAUGCUGAUCAGCAAUCCGCAGUGGAAGGUGCCCGAUCCGAUACUUGUGCCAAAGGAUCGACUUGGUGCCGUGCUGGCCUCCCCCGCACGAGAGAUUCCCCUGCUGCUGACCACCCGGCCAGAGCUACGGCUGCCAGAGGCGUUUGCCUAUCCAGAGAUCAUCCAGAACCCCAACAUUCUAGUGGUGACCAUGGAGCAGCUAGAGGCAAUACUGAAGACCGAGGCGGAACAGGCCAAGGCCGCUAAGGGUACCGAUCCAGUGCAGAUGCUCGCCGAGCAUCAUCCGCCGUUGAGCAAGGCCAGAAGUCCGAGUCCGCGGCCGAGCCCCAAGCACACGCAGACACACAAGGUAGCGGCACAGGCGCCUCCUUCUCAGCCAAAGCCACCGGUGGUGGCAGCACCUGUGGCACCCACUCCACCCUCGCCCGCCGACUCCAGCCUUUCGACAUCCACAUCUGCGGACCUGAAUGCCACCACCUUGGCGCUGCUGCAACAGAUGCUGUGGCUGCCCUACUUCGGACAGCUGUCGCAGGAGCUCUUCAAGACCAUCAAGGAUCCCCUGGGCAUGCAGAGGAAGUUCAUGAGCAACCUGCUGCCGCUGUACAAUAACCAGUUUGGGCUGCAGCAUCUCGACGAGCUCUACAAGCAUUGUCUCAAGCAGAAGGCAGCCGGGGAGCAGCCUACAGUGUCCAGGGUGUCCACACCAGCGGCGGCAACCUUAGCGGUCCCUCAUCCACCGCUUCCACAUCCGCCUGUAGCUUUAGCACCGCCGGUUCCGCCCGCAACUGCAGCCACGAAUGCCUUUGGGGUCAAUGGCUUUGCGAAUCCCAUGGAGCUGGCCAUCAUGCAGAAGUUGCUGCAGCCGCAGAUGCCAAAUUUUCUCAACUGGGAGGCCCCAAAGGAUGCUGCGGUUGGCUCUGGCUCGGCCUCAUCUUCCUCGCAUCACCAUCAUCACCAGGAGCACAAGCGGCCCCGCCGGGAUCCCGAGUCUAAGCCAAGUGCAGCUGCUGUCGCUCCACCUGCCGCUGUGCCUGCUCCAGCAGUUCCUUCUCCAGCGCCUGCCCCUGCUCCAGCUGAGCACAAGCCGCGACUGACGUGCAAAUCCCUGUCGAAUCUGCUGGAGCCCGAGCCCAUUGUACCGCUGCUCAAUGUACCCUUCGACAGCCUGCGUCGCACAGCAGUGGCAGGGCAUGGGCCAAAGACGGGGCCGGAGCAGCAGCAUCAGCAGGCCAAGGAGGCGAAUCCUGGACGCUUGCUGCGCUCCAGCAAGGCAUGCGUCACGUACAAUCCCCUAGAGCAUGUCAAGCAGCAGAUUCAGCAGCAGCAACAGCACUCGCAGCAGCGGAAGCGUGCCACGAGCAACAUGCUUGGCCAGGAUGCCCACCAGCAGCAGCAACAGCUGGCUGCCAGUGCGGCGGGCAUGGAUGCCAACUCGGCACUCUGGCAUCCACUAUUCGGAAGCAAUCCCAAGCAGGGCUACAACAGCCCCUGGCAGUGGACGACGGUGACGGCAACUGGCGAAUGACAGUCAAGCCGGGCUCCCAAGGAGCCAGCACCUGCAUCGGUCGCACGGACAGCCAGCUACGAGGAGCAACAGCCGGAC